GUGGCUUUUUGCUGUUAGACGAGUCUCAAUGAUGCACCCCAGCUCAGCGAUCAGCAAAUUAGCUGCGUGAUGAAAUAACCACAUCACUAAGCUUGUCUCCUCUUGGCCAUCUGAACACCCCGUAAUACAUGCAAAUCUCACCCUUGACUGCUGAUCUCUUUCUUUGUGUCGGCUACAACGGCACACAUCCCAAACUCCACAUGCUCUCUUCCCCACGUAGACUACACCACCAUCUGGGGACCAUCGGUGAUGUCAAGAGUGGAUUCUCUCAGGUUUUACUCUGUCAAACUGGUGAUCCCCCAGCUUUUAAAUAUGCACCGUUAUCCCCAGUUUGCCAACAAGCUUAAACUACAGGCAGUGUCAUAACUCGGGUAGUUUGUUCAAUAUGCCAACUCACUUCUCAGACGAUCCUCCGCAGGUCAUCAACCCAGAGGACCUGCACGUCGCUAAUUCGCGGCUUCAGCAGAACUUGGAUGGUUCUACGGACCAUAGCGGCGAUGAGAGAACGCACAAUGCUAAUGGUGCUGGGCUAGAGAAGCUGGGUACUUAUGACAAGUACGAAAUCACUGAGGAUGAUUGCUACGAUGAGCUGGGCUAUUCGUUCCCCAAGUGGAAGAAGUGGUACAUUCUCACCGUCAUCUUCUGGGUCCAAGUAUCCAUGAACUUCAACACCUCCCUCUACUCAAACGCCAUCCCAGGCAUCUCCGAAGAAUUCAACGUCAGCGCCCAAGCCGCCCGCUGCGGCGCCAUGAUCUUCCUCGUCCUCUACGCCUUUGGCUGUGAGCUCUGGGCCCCUUGGUCAGAGGAAUUCGGUCGAUGGCCCAUCAUGCAGGCCUCGCUCUUCCUCGUAAACAUCUGGCAACUCCCCGUCGCGCUGGCUCCCAACUUCGCUACCAUCAUGGUUGGUCGUGCCCUCGGUGGUCUUUCUUCCGCUGGUGGUUCUGUCACGCUCGGUAUGAUUGCUGAUAUGUGGGAGUCCGAUCACCAACAAUACGCUGUUGCUUAUGUUGUAUUUUCUUCGGUUGGAGGUUCGGUUCUUGGACCUAUUGUUGGAGGUUUCUGUGAACAAUACCUCCAUUGGCGCUGGUCUAUCUGGAUCCAGCUCAUUCUUGGUGGUUUCGUUCAGAUUGUUCACUUCCUUACUGUUCCCGAGACACGAAGCACAAUCCUUAUGAACCGCAUCGCCAAGAAGCGCAGAAAGGAGACAAACGCCAACUUCUGGGGUCCCGAUGAACUCGUCCCCUUCCGCGAACGUUUCUCCGCCAAGGAAAUCCUCAUCACAUGGACCCGUCCCUUCAAGAUGUUCCUCACAGAGCCCAUCGUCCUUGUCCUCUCUCUUCUCUCCGGUUUCUCUGAUGCUCUUAUCUUCAUGUUUAUCCAGUCGUUCGCUCUGGUUUAUAAACAGUGGGACUUUGAUGCUGUCCAGAUUGGUCUUACAUUCCUCGCCAUCGGUGUUGGUUAUGUCAUUGCUUGGUUGGCAUUCAUUCCUGCUAUCAAGAAGAACAUCAAAGAGCGACGGGAGAAGCCAAAUGACGAGCGUGCGCAAUAUGAAUCGCGCCUGUGGUUUUUGCUCUACACUGCGCCUUGCUUGCCAAUUGGUCUGAUUGGCUUCGCUUGGACGAUUCAGGGUCCUCCUAUCCACUGGAUUGGCUCUUUGAUCUUUGCUGCCAUUGUUGGUAUCGCCAACUAUGCCAUCUACAUGGCUACCAUUGACUACAUGAUCUGUGCCUACGGCCCCUACUCUGCUUCAGCUACCGGAGGUAACGGCUGGGCUCGAGAUUUCCUCGCUGGUGUCCUCACCGUCCCGGCUACACCAUUCUUCAGCAACAUCGGAGCUUCAUCCGGCAAGAAUCUCGAAUACGCUUCGACUAUCCUCUUCUGUAUCUCAUUCGUUCUCGUCGUCGCUGUGUACGUCAUUUACUGGAAGGGUCCGACCCUGCGAGCUCGAUCACCUUUCGCUCAGCGUCUCGCUGGUGAGCGCCAAGAGAACGCCGAGCAGGGCCGUCGCGGAAGCGUUGCCUACGAUGCUCGACGAAGGAGCUCAACUGCAACUGGAACUUCUGACGUUGAGCGUCCUCCCGUUGCUGCGCGACCAAGCUACGGUCGCCAAUACAGUAACUCCAACCGUUUCUUCGGUGAGAGCCGUGUGACGCCUCGUGGAACCCCUCGAGGUACUCCAUCAGCAAGCCGCCGUAACAGCAAGCACUAUUAAGAGUGGAACUCUAUCGUCGCGGAGUUGUGAAGAGACAAAUGUUGAAAUGAUACCCUGUUUAAAACAAGUUUCAUGAAUUGUAUACUAUUUUCUAUAGCAUGC